CCCGUCCGGUACCCUGUGCUCCCAUUGGCCAGCGGCAUUCCCUCUGUUUUUACAUUGCUGCCACAAGUUAUGCUCUGAAGUUUGUUUUACACAUUCUGGGGCACAUGUUCAUGCACGCGUAAAUGCACGCAUGCCGGGUUCCAGGACCUGCACACGUGCACUGCUAGACCAUAGUCUGAAGAGACGGUGGGCUGCAGAGACACAGGGAGAGCUCCUGACCACACAGGGCAGAGUGGGGUGACCCGGCGUCAUAUAACGAGACAGUCAGAUGUCCAUCCACUUGGCCAUUAAGAUGCCCAUCAAAAUUAUUCAUUUGAGCCUUCUGGUGCUGGCUCUGAAUGCAUUUGGACAGGAGCUCCCGUCGAGCCCUCACGGCUGCACUGAGGGAAGCUGUUACCCUGCAACUGGAAACCUUCUGAUUGGACGAGCUGUCAACCUGACUGCCACCUCCACAUGCGGUCUGGACGGACCGGAGCAGUUCUGUAUUGUCAGCUACCUGCAGGAUCCAGAAAAGUGUUUCGAGUGCGACUCCCGUCGGCCAUAUGAUCCCUACCACCACAGAAACAGCCACCGCAUCGAAAACGUGAUCUACCUCACAGACCUCAAUGGGAAUGAGAACUUUUGGAAAUCUGUCAAUGGUAAGGAGGACGUCGGCAUCAGACUGAACCUUGAGGCUGAAUUCCACUUCACACAUCUAAUCAUGAAGUUUAAGACUUUUCGCCCUGCAGCUUUGAUCAUAGAGCGAUCAGCUGAUUUUGGCCGCACAUGGCGCCCCUACCGCUACUUCGCCAAGAACUGUACCAGGACUUUCCCUGGCAUCCCCGCCAAUGGCUUGCACCAUAUCAACGACGUCAUCUGUGAAGAACGCUACUCUGAUAUCGAGCCCUCUAAAGAUGGAGAGGUCAUUUUUAAAGUGCUGGAUCCAGCAAUUCCAGUAGAAGAUCCCUACAGCUUGGAGAUUCAAGAACUUUUGCGUAUCACCAACCUGCGCAUCAACUUCACAAAGCUCAACACGCUGGGAGACGAUCUGCUGGACCGCCGUUCGGAUGUUCUGCAGAAAUAUUACUAUGCCAUUAAUGAGUUGGUGGUCCGAGGAAGCUGUUUUUGUUACGGACAUGCUUCAGAGUGCGCACCAGUGCCAGGGGUAAACACCCAUGAGACUGGCAUGAUCCAUGGCCGCUGUGUUUGCAAGCAUAACACUGAAGGUCUGAACUGUGAGCGCUGCAAGGUUUUCCACAAUGACUCACCUUGGAGACCAGCGGAGACAGAGGACCCACACACAUGCAGAGAAUGUAACUGCAACGGCCACACAAACCAGUGUCACUUUGACAUGGCGGUGUAUUUGGCGAUGGGCAACACCAGCGGUGGAGUUUGUGAUAACUGUCUGCACAACACAAUGGGACGCAACUGUGAGAUGUGCAAACCGUUCUACUACCAAGAUCCCAACAGGGAUAUUCGGGACCCUCGUGUCUGUGUUGCUUGCGACUGUGACCCGGUUGGAUCAUUGGAGGGAGGUGUGUGUGACAGCCACACCGACCUGGGAAUGGGGAUGAUCGCAGGACAGUGUCGUUGCAAAUACAACGUGAAGGGAAAGCGCUGCGAUGACUGCAAGGCGGGUUAUUAUGGACUCAGUGAGAGCGACCCACUGGGAUGCCAACCUUGCAACUGUGACCCCCGGGGCAUCAUACUGAUGGAUGCUCCUUGUGAUCAGAUCAGUGGGGACUGUUCCUGUAAAAGAUACGUCACGGGUCGCUACUGCAACCAGUGUCUGCCUGAAUACUGGGGUCUCAGUAAUGACCUGGGUGGCUGCAGACCUUGUGAGUGCGACUUCGGUGGAGCGUACAACAACAGAUGCAUGAUGGAUAGUGGGCAGUGCGACUGCAAGAGGCAUUUCAUUGGUCGACAGUGUUCGGAGGUGCAGCCUGGGUAUUUCUGUGCUCCGCUCGACUACUACAAAUACGAGGCUGAAGAAGCUGCUGGACGCUCACCCACCGACCCCUCACUGCCGGGCCAGGUCCGUCCGCAGGCAGCAGAUGACUGCAUUCAGCAGCUCAGCAACCAGGCGAGGAGGCAUCGGCGACACCGGCGCAUUUCAAGCCUGCAGCAGUCUCAGGCAGCGCUGAGACGCAUCCGGCAGCUUCAGCAGACACCGGAUGUCACGACGGUCCACAGAGAGCACGCUCCCAGCCACAUCACCACCUGGACCGGUCCCGGUUUUGCUCGCGUCAAAGAUGGCGCCGGCUUGGUGUUCACCAUCGACAACAUCCCCUACGCCAUGGAGUACGAAGUCAUGAUUCGCUACGAGCCUGAGUCCACAGAGGACUGGGAGGCUGUAGUCAGCAUCACCUCUGUUGAGCUGCCCUCAAGUCUCCGGUGUGGAAACCUUCUUCCGGCCGAACAGCUCUACACUGAAACCCUGCUGCACCGCAACAGAUACAUCCUGAUGUCCAGGCCAUUUUGUUUUGAGCCCAGUAAUCGCUACGUGGUAGCAAUCAGGUUCCAGCGACACGGAGUCGCUUACAGACACCUUACCGCUUUCAUCCUGAUUGACUCACUGGUAUUGAUCCCCAAGUACACCGAGCUUCCUGGUUUCCAUGGCAGCGACCCGGACACAGAGCAGCACCGGGAGGACAUGAUCCGCUACAUGUGCCUGGAUUCCUUUAUGAUCACGCCGAUGCCAGCUCUGGCUGAGAUGUGCUCCAAACUCAUCUGCGGCAUCUCAGCCAACAUUCACGAUGGGGCCCUGGCCUGUCAGUGCGACCCUCAGGGUUCCAUCAGCGGCGAGUGCGAUAAGGUCGGAGGUCAGUGCCGCUGUAAAGCUAACGUCAUUGGGCGGCAGUGUGACCAGUGCGCCCCAGGAACCUACGGCUUCGGAGUGAACGGCUGCAAUGCCUGUGACUGCCACCCAGAGGGCUCCUUCAGCCACCAAUGUGACCCGGUUACAGGUCAGUGUCCGUGCAGGCAGGGAGCCACCGGGCGCCAGUGCUCCGACUGCCAACCGGGCCAGUGGGGCUUCCCCAGCUGCAGCCCUUGUCAGUGUAAUGGCCACGCCGACCUCUGUGACCCCCGGACAGGAGAGUGCAGAGGCUGCAGGGACAACACAGCGGGACACCUCUGUGAACGCUGUGUGGAAGGUUUCUAUGGCAACCCAGUGCUCGGAUCGGGGGAUCACUGUCACCCCUGCCCCUGCCCUGGAAACCCUGGUUCCAACCACUUUAACGGCCAUUCUUGUCAAACUGACCACACCUCCGAUCAGAUCAUAUGUAACUGCAAACCAGGCUAUACAGGUCCUCGCUGCGAUCAGUGUGCUCCAGGUUACUACGGCAACCCAGAGCAGCCCGGUGGACAGUGUCUUCGCUGUGAAUGCAAUGAUAACAUCGACCCCCAGGAUCCGGGGUCAUGUGACCCCAGGACUGGGCAGUGCCUCAGGUGCCUGUACCACACGGACGGGCCGUCCUGUUCCCGGUGUGAGGAAGGAUACUUCGGCAACGCCUUGAUCAGGGACUGCAGACGGUGCACCUGUGUGACUGCUGGCACUGUGGUGUCAGCAUGCAGUGAGGGACAGUGUCUCUGUGACCACUACACCGGGGCCUGCCCUUGUAGGGCGUCUGUGAUGGGCAACAACUGUGACCAGUGUGCCCCCAACCACUGGAAUUACGGUCAGCCAGAAGGCUGCCAGCCUUGCAGCUGUGACCAGCGACAUUCUGAGGGUGAUUGGUGCAACAUGUUCACAGGCCAGUGUCCGUGUCGGCCCGGCUUCGGAGGACAACGGUGCACUGAGUGCCGAGAGCACCACUGGGGCGACCCACAGGUGGAGUGUAGAGAGUGCGGCUGUCACCCGCUGGGCUCACAGACACGCCAGUGUAACCGAGUGACGGGGCAGUGUGAGUGCAAGGAUGGGAUGGCGGGGGUCCGGUGCGAUGAGUGCGCGCGCGGCUUCACGGGCGUCUUCCCCAACUGUGUCCCCUGUCAUCAGUGCUUCUAUCAAGCAGAUGAUCACUUGUGCCAGAUCAGAAGAGACUUGGAACACAUCCAGUAUGCCGUCCAGAAGAUCCUGGAGAGCGGGAUCACGCCCGGAGACGGGAUGAACCGCAUCACGGAGCUUGAGCAGAAGCUGAACCAGGUGCGAGACCUGAUUGAUACGGGGGACACGGAACGGAUCCACCAGCUGAUUGGACAGAGCAUUGAUGACCUCAGACCUGAGAUCGUUCUCAUUAACUCACGUCUGACGGGAAUUGACCAAGACACAAACAAAACUAAAGAGGCGGAUGAGGUCUUGAGACGCACUCUGACUGACCUGGAGAAAGUGCUGAUGGACGUCAAUGCUACGCUGGCUCUCAAACAGGAGCUGCUGGACAAGUACCUCACCUCAGGAUUUUUAGAUCAGUUUGACAAAGUGAAGAAGUACUACCAAGUGUCACAGCAGGCUGAGGAGAGGUGCAACGCCUCAGUGUUGUUUCCUACCAGUCCAGUAGAACAAUCCAAACAAACCCGAGGGAUUACCGAGAAAUUGCUGAACACCACAAAAGGUCAGCUCCUCCGGAAUCUAACCGCCCACAACAAUUCAUUAAAUGAGCUGCAUCAGAAGACCCAAAACCUCAGUGAGACGGUGCAACAUCUCAGCCAAAAGGUAUGCGGUGGUGCUAGUAAUACCAGCCAACAUGGCAGCUGCUCUGACAACCAGUGUGGUUGCCAUGACAAUCAGGGUAACUUUGUUUGUGGAGGAGAGGGAUGCAAUGGGACAAAGAGUUCUUCUUUGACUGCACUGAAGGAUGCCACAAACCUCACAGACAGUCUGAAAGCUGCCAUGAAGGAGCUGCAGGGCGUCACAAAGAAGCUUCAGGACAUAGCGUCCCAGACCCAGGAUGUGAAGAACCGGACGAUGAAUGCUCUGGAGAAAGCCCAGAAGAAGAAGGAAUACUUUGAAAAAAGCAAUAAAGACCUUAAAGACUUCAUUAAGACCAUCAAGGACUUCCUCACAGAGGAGGGAGCAGAUCCUGAGAGCAUCCAGAAGGUAGCCCAGCAGGUCUUGGAUAUCAACCUGCCACUCAACAGGACCACUGUGGACAAACUGAUCAACCAGAUCAACAGCAGCAUUGCCAAUCUCACCAAUGUUCAGGACAUUAUGAAUCAAACUUCGCAGUUCAUCCGCAAUGCUCAAGACCUGAUGAAUAAAGCUAAAGAGGCAGAGAGACAAGCAGUAGGUGUGAGGGAUCUCGUCAACAGUACCAAACAGGCUUUGAAUGUCUCUGAGGUGGCCAUAGAGAAAGCAAAGGCAGCCCUGAAGGAGGCCCGGCACAACCUGAACAGCACCAAGAACUCCACUGCUGAGGUGGAAAAGGGGUUGGUGCAGCUUGAGGACAAGCAGAUGGACAUCAUGAUGCUUCUAACCAACCUGUCCAAGGGGGUGGAAGCCUUAAAGAACAAGACGGAGAUGAACAGACUAAUGGCAAAGGACGCCAUAAACUUGGCCAACAACGCCACUCACCAGGCGUCCACACUGGUCCAGAAGCUAAAUGUAACAGAGAAACGUUACCGUGAGCUGCAGUUGAAGAUGGAGUCUCUUGGCAGCUCUGGAACUCUGAACAACAUCCAACAGAAGGUCAAAGAUAUGACGAAGGAUGCAGAAGAUCUCCUCAGUAAAGCCAAUAAUGGGAUAAAUGAUCUUGACAAAUUUGGGGAAUUAUUGAAAAACAACGAGGAGCGGAUGAAGAAGCAGCGUGAGGAGCUGGAGGACCUGAAGCAAAACGCCACUGAUGUGAGAGACCAAAUUCAGGAAGAAGUGCGGAAAUACAGUAGCUGCGUGUGAUGAUGUCACAAUCUUAGUCUGAUGCUGCGACUGGAAACAGGCAGACAUCACCUUUAACAAAGAAAAGCUGCUCAGGAGCUACCUCCUAUAUGAUCACUGGAUUUCAAGUUUUACAGUCUACCUGUCAAAGUGUUAUAUCACAUAAACAACCUUAUUCAUGUACUGAACUGUCCUUUCCUAGUUAUCGCCUAUACAGUGUUUGAUAUUUGUAUUUAAUCUAUUUCAACAAGCAGAUUACUCAUGGUGGUCAUUUACUUCACUGUACAGACCACAGAGAGCGACUUUCUCCAAUUCAUGUUUAAUAAAUUUCACAAAUAUAUCAAAUAUGUUAUCGGAAAGUUAUUUUCACCAUAUGUAUCAGAACAUUCCAUUCAACAAAUAUGAGAAAAGCUUUGUAUGAAACUGAAUUUGAUGUUUUCUGUUUAAAAAUAUAAUAAAACAUUUUUGUUUUUGCUCAUAAGAUAUUUCAUCUGAGAUGUAUUUGGGUAGAUUAAUAAAUUUGAUCUAGCAAAAUAGACUAGUUUCUCCCUUUU